AGUAGAAGAGAGGCAGUACAAGAAAAAAGAUAAUUUUCGUGUUUUCGCUUAUUCAUAGCACACUCAUUCCGUUGAAAUUUUAAACAAAGACUUUGAAUUUACCCAAAUUGUGAUGGAUUUCGAUGUAAAGAAACUUGUCCGAGAUGCUGGAUCUGCCUUAAGUCGAGUAGUUCAAUUAACCGAAGAAAAAUUGGGUACUGCAGAGAAAACCGAACUUGAUGCACAUUUUGAAAAUCUAGCAGAACGUGCAGAUAACACAAAAUUAUGGACAGAAAAAAUUGUAGCAAAUACAGAGGCUGUACUAACACCGAAUCCCGGCAAUCGUCUCGAAGAUUUUAUUUAUGAACAUAUCGAAAAGAAAAAACCAAAUCGAUUAAGUAAUUUGGAAUAUUUGGGUUUGGAUAUGAUUGAAGCUGGUAAUGAAUUUGGACCGGGUACAUCCUACGGUAGUGCAUUAAUUAAAGUUGGUCAAUGUGAACAGCGUUUAGGUCAAACUGAACGAGAUUUUAUUGGAUCGGCUGGUUUGGCUUUUGUGCAACCGCUUAAAAAGUUUUUGGAAGGUGAAAUGAAAACAAUACAGAAAGAAAGAAGUUUAUUAGAAACAAAACGUUUGGAUUUGGAUGCAUGUAAGAAUCGUGUUCGUAAAGCACAAAGCUUAAUCGGUCAACAAACGAAAGAUGGAAUUUCACCGGAGCAAAUGUUAGAUCAGGCAGAACGUGACUUAAGAGUUGCUCAAUCAGAGUUCGAUCGUCAAGCAGAAAUUACAAAAUUAUUACUGGAAGGUGUAAACAGUUCACAUGCUGGUCAUUUACGAUGUCUACAUGAAUUGGUAGAAACACAAGCACGAUAUUUUGCAGAAUGUAAUGCAACUAUGCAAAAUUUACAAAAAGAAUUGUCCAGUGCAAUGCGUCCCAGUCCAGUGUUGCGAGUGAACAGUGAGGAUAUAAUACCCCCUUCAACAGUAGUCACUACUAUAUCGAAUCAAACAACUGCAUCCUCAGCUUCUGAUUCCCAAUAUACGCCAGCUUCAAUAAUUGCUGCUAAUAAUGAUGAUGAAAAUGUUCAUUUUUCUGUUAUUUAAAAAAAAUAAAUACCUAAAAAAUUUCUAUUAAUUGAUAUUAAAAGUUUAUUCAAUAAUUAAUGAAUUAAUUACACUGUUCUUUAAUAAAAAUAUUAAUCAAUCACUCGCAAUCUGAACUUUUUCAUAUUAUUAAAGCUUUCUAAUGUAAUUUUGUGCAUGAUUGCCUUUUUUCUUUAUAUUGUAGUUUAUUUUAAAUCUGAAAUUGAUCUAGAAUUGAACAACUUUGAUUCAGAGCUUCGGUCAUGUGAUUCCAGGCUUCUAAGCUAUAAAAAUUUCAAAUCCUUAUGGCAUUAUUUAAUCUUAUCAAGUGAGGAUUCUCUUAGACCUGCAGAAAAUAAGCCGAGCUAUGUGAUCAAAAUUGUUCAAUUGUAAACUAAACUAGCAUACAUCUGUCUAGAUAAUUUUCUUAGAACUUAUAUACAUGGAAGAAGAAUGUCAUAACCUGAAGAAAUGUUCCAUUGGGAAUGCUUUUUAGAUCAUUAUCCUCUCUUCAUGUGUAUAAGGUCUAUUGUAGUAAAUAUCUAGUUAUCUAUUUAAUUAAAUUAGCUUAUGGUAGUACGAGCACCAAGUCAAUUUUAGAUUUAAUGUUUGAAAUUAUUUGUACUUUUAGACUUA